AAUUCUGAAGAGAAAACAGAAAAAGACGUAUCAUAUAAAGAUGCUGCAGAGAAAACAGGGAAAGACGACUCAAAUAAAACUGCUGAAGAGGAAACUGAUGCACGGAUAACUUCAAUUUCUUCACCUGUAAGCUCCACAACACCUCCAGCAUCUAAAUGUGAAAGCAGACAUUUGUCUAGAUAUAUAACAAAUAACAGUAGUAAUCCAGGUUGGGCAAACUUGACAACAGAUGAAAAGAUUGCACACAUUGUCGCUAAGCUGCGAGUAGACAAAACAAAACUUUCUGCAACUGUGAGGAAGAAAACGAGUGCUAAAGAUGACAGAUUAGUCAGCAGAAUAAUUGGAUAUAUUGCCGUCGUCUUAAUGGGUUCUGUACCCGGAUGUUUCGUCGUUUUAGAUGGAAUUACCUUCCUGAAAUAUAUAACUAAAAAGAACCAAAUUUCACCGGGAAUUGUAAAUGAAGCAGAGAUAAAAGAAUCUGUUGUGUGA